AUGAAAACAGAAAUUAAAGCCUUGCAAGACAACCAUACCUGGGAAUUGACAGCCCUACCAGCUGGGAAAACUCCCAUAGGAUGUAAAUGGGUGUAUAAAGUCAAGCUACGGGCAGAUGGUUCCGUCGAACGUUACAAAGCACGUCUCGUAGCAAAAGGAUAUACACAACAACUGGGAAUUGAUUAUAUUGAGACAUUUUCCCCGGUUGCAAGGUUAUCCACCAUCAGGACAUUCUUAGUUGUUGCAUCCUUUCGCAGAUGGAAUAUUCAUCAAUUGGACAUUAAUAAUGCCUUCCUCCAUGGUGAUCUAACGGAGGAGGUUUACAUGAUUCCUCCACCUGGCUUUCAAACUGAAAAUCCUAAUCAGGUGUGUAGAUUACUGCGUUCUCUCUAUGGGCUUAAACAAGCAAGUCGCCAAUGGAAUGCUAAACUGAGUACAGCUCUAAUAGGCAGAGGUUUUACUCAAUCCAAGUCUGAUCCUUCACUGUUUACUACGGGUGUUGAGGCUACUUUUGUUGCAGUUCUUGUCUACGUAGAUGAUAUAUUGGUAGCCAGUCCCAAUUUGCAGCUGAUUCACAAUCUAAAGAACUUUCUUGAUGAUGCUUUCAAAAUCAAGGAUUUGGGACUAUUAGGCUACUUUCUUGGCAUUGAAGCACACUCAGAUGAACAUGGGCUAAAUUUGUGCCAACGCAAGUAUGCUUUAGACAUCCUUAAAGAGGCUGGCUUCCUUGAAUGCAAGGCAAUAACUACACCCAUGGUACCGGGACAGUCCUUACAACAUGGUGAUGGAACUCUGCUCACUGAUGCUGGCAUUUACAGAUGCUUAGUUGUACGCUUACUAUAUCUCACAGCGACAAGGCCAGGCAUUACAUAUGCCGUUCACCAACUUAGCCAAUUCGUGGAUGCACCUACUGACAAACACCUAAGUGCAGCUCACUGGGUUCUACGUUACAUCAAAGCAGCCUCUGGACAAGGCAUUUUCUAUCCUAGAGAUGGUGAUUUGCAGCUCAGUGUAUUCUUAGAUUCAGACUGGGCGUCUUGCCUCGAAACACGGAAAUCUGUCACCGGUUUCUGUAUAUUCCUUGGAGCAGCCAUGAUUUCUUGGAGAUCGAAGAAGCAAGCCACCAUCUCUAGGUCUUCCUCCGAAGCAGAAUAUCGGGCAUUGGCAGCUACUACCUGUGAAGUACAAUGGCUUGUUUUCUUGCUCAAAGAUUUACAUGUUGAAAUGAAGAAGCCGGUUGUCAUAUUUUGUGACAACAAGUCCGCUGUGGCGAUUGUUGAAAAUCAUGUUUUUCACGAGUGGACGAAGCAUAUCUAG